UUCACAGGCGCUGCCGCUCGCCGUGACGAGCUCGAGGAGCUGGAUCCCGUGCUGCCGAUGCCGAUGCCGCUGCCGCUGCCACCGCCGCUGCGUCUUCUUCCAGGAUUCCAUGCCGUCACGGCGCCAGUGACAUUCUAUCCGGGGCGCUGGAAAAUUCCCUGGCGCUGGAAAAUCCUCGCGCAGCGCCCUGGCGCCUCCCUAUCUAUCUCUAUUCUGGCGACGAAGAAAGAAAAUCAAGGGCUCUCUCAUCAACUGCAUUCCCGUUUAUGUCAUUGUGUUAGCUUCUUCUUUAACCCAUGGGUAUUACGUUUACACGCCGGAUAUAAUCUUUGUACACAAAGGAUGGUCUCGCAAACAAUGGUGAAGGGCUUCAAGGUUUACACGCCUGGCGGCCCAGAGGUACUAAAAUAUGAAGAACUGGACGUGGGAGAGCCCGGCGAGGGCCAAGUUAAGAUCCGAAUUAAAGCUGUUGGUCUCAACUUCAUCGAUGUUUACUUUCGAAAGGGGGCCUACGGCGCCAAAAUGCCAUAUGUUCCUGGCUUCGAGUCCGCAGGCGAGGUCAUUGCAAUCGGUCCAGGCGUGACAGACGCCAAAGUGGGAGACAAAGUUGGAUGCAUGGGAGCUUUCGGUGCCUACGCUGAAGAACAGAUUGUUCCAGCGCGUGCGUUAGUUCCCAUUCCUGAAAGUGUGGACUUCAUCAAAGCGGGAGCGAUACUGCUCAAAGGAAUGACCGCACAAAUGCUGCUUCGAAAAACCUUCAAGGUAGGACCCGAGCACACGAUUCUAGUUCACGCCGCUGCCGGUGGUGUUGGCUCGCUGCUCUGCCAGUGGGCUCGGUCGCUGGGUGCUCAAGUCAUUGGCUGCGUCUCAAACGAAGAAAAAGCUCGCCAGGCCACUGAGGAUGGAUGCCACCACGUAAUCAUUUACUCCAAGGAAGACUUUGGCAAGCGAGUCAUGGCCAUCACAAACAAUAGCGGCGUUCACGUUGUCUACGACUCGGUUGGCAGGGACACGUUCCAGGGAUCUCUCGAUUGCUUGGCUACUCGCGGUUACAUGAUAAGUUAUGGACAAUCCUCCGGCGCUCCAGAUCCUUUCACAAUGUCCAUACUCGCUCCAAAGUCGCUCUUCCUCACCAGGCCAUCGAUCCAGUAUACCACCAACAGGGACGAGCUACUGGAGAUGGCCAAUGAUCUCUUCCACAACGUCGAGGCCGGAGUUCUCAAAGUCCGCGUAAACCAGACUUAUCCUCUCUCGGACGCAGCAAAGGCUCACGAUGAUAUCGAGAAUCGAAGAACAACUGGCUCUACUGUCCUUAUACCAUAGAUAGUUUACAGCUCGAGAAAAGCUUGCGAUACCUCUUAAGCUUUGAGAUAAAGCUCUAUGUUUUCGA